UCUCCCUCUUGUUUUCCACAGCUGGGAGACGGAGGAGCUGCGCUGGGAGGACCCUGUCUGCAGGAUGUUCUCUCCACCAAAGAACUCCCUGUGACCGGCGAUGAUGACAGUCCCGGCGGGACCUUGGGGAGCGCUAACAUUUCAGUAGCCCAGCACCCGUGGACGUGGACGGCCACUUUCCCCUCCUUCUCCAGACCCCGCCCUCCCACCGCUCACCGGGAUGGUGUAUUAACCAAGAGGAACCCUGCUUCUUUCCUCCUCACCCUUCCAUUUUCGGCAGCUCUGGGAUUUGUAUGGCAGCAGCGUAACCGUGGAGAGGCCGGGGUAUCACAAACUUAUGGAUUUUGAUAAGAGAGGAGGGAAAGGGGAGCUGGAGGAAGGUAAAAGGAUGUCCAAGACAGGUGGAGGAAGGAGUGGUCAUGGAGGCCGGGGUGCUGGAACCAACUCGGGAGUCUUAAUGGUGGGUCCCAACUUCCGUGUCGGCAAGAAGAUUGGAUGCGGCAAUUUCGGGGAGCUCCGUCUAGGGAAGAAUCUCUACACAAACGAAUACGUAGCUAUCAAAUUGGAACCCAUAAAAUCUCGGGCCCCCCAGCUGCACCUGGAGUAUCGGUUCUACAAACAGCUCGGCAAUGCAGAAGGAAUUCCUCAGGUUUAUUACUUUGGCCCCUGUGGGAAGUACAACGCCAUGGUGUUGGAGCUGCUCGGACCCAGCCUGGAAGAUCUCUUUGAUCUGUGUGAUCGGACCUUCACGCUCAAGACUGUCCUGAUGAUCGCGAUCCAGCUGAUCACACGGAUGGAGUACGUCCACACCAAAAGCCUGAUCUACAGAGAUGUCAAGCCAGAGAACUUCCUGGUGGGGCGGCCGGGCAGCAAGCGGCAGCACACCAUCCACAUCAUUGAUUUUGGCCUGGCCAAAGAGUAUAUUGACCCCGAGACCAAAAAACACAUCCCCUACCGAGAGCACAAGAGCCUGACAGGGACAGCGCGCUACAUGAGCAUCAACACCCACCUGGGGAAAGAACAAAGCCGCAGGGAUGACCUGGAAGCAUUAGGGCACAUGUUUAUGUACUUCCUCCGUGGGAGCCUUCCUUGGCAAGGCCUCAAGGCCGACACACUAAAGGAGAGGUACCAGAAGAUUGGUGACACCAAAAGAGCCACCCCGGUGGAGGUGCUCUGUGAGAACUUCCCAGAGGAGAUGGCCACGUACCUGCGCUACGUGCGGCGGCUGGAUUUCUUCGAGAAGCCCGACUACGACUACCUGAGGAAGCUCUUCACAGACUUGUUCGAGAGGAACGGUUACGUGUUCGACUACGAAUACGACUGGGCAGGGAAACCUCUGCCCACCCCCAUUGGCACGAUGCACAGCGAGGUGCAGGUGCAGCCCCCGAACAGAGACAAAGCACAGCCACACACCAAACACCAGCCGCCCGAGGGGACGGAGUUGUGGGAUCCUCAGGCCGGUGGGCAGCCUGCCGAGGAGCCUUUGGGAGCUCACCUGGCAGCCGGCAGGCUCGGGGGGUCCGUCCAGGUGAUGAGCUCCACCAACGGAGAGCUGAACACAGAUGACCCGACGGCAGGACAUUCGAACGCCCCCAUCACAGCCCCCACCGAGGUGGAGGUGACAGACGAUACAAAGUGCUGCUGUUUCUUCAAGAGAAGGAAGAGGAAAACCACCAAGCGUCGCAAGUGAGCUGCCAGGGCCGGGCGGAGCGGCGAGCGAUGGCUCCUCUCCCUCUGGCCGUGGCUGGAUCUUGACCCGCGGAGCCCCUGGGGCUGGACGGGGCCGGGGGGGCCGGGCCGGACGGGCUCCCCCAGCGCCCCAAGCGCAGCUGGGGAGCGGGGCCUCCCCAAACUGCUUGUCCUUUCCUCCGCCACUCGUGGCCGUUUACUCGAACCAAGCCCAACUUCGCUGAAGUUCCUGCGUCCGUCAAACAGAAAAAAGAAAAAGAGAAAAACCCACGGCGUCACUUGCUUUGAGUUUAUAACAAGUCUGAAAUGGGGAUCAACUACAGACUCUGACCCAUCGCUGUCAGAAGAAGACGACAAUUUCGAGAGCAGUGGGCUAAGGAGGAAUAUUUUUUUUUUCUGUUGCUUCUUUGUCUCUUAAGUUAAUUUAAAGUGAGUCUCGGUGCAGAGUGC